CAUAAAAUACCGCGUGUAUUAUGAAAUAAACAUGCUUUUUCGUGUCACAGGCACUUUAAAGGUUGUUCCUUCAUAACAUGUGCCAUUUAAUCCUGUUAGUCACCAAACAAAAAAGCAGAAUAUGUGUUUCCGAUUCAUCUGCCUGAAGUGUGCCACCACAAUAAGGAGGAGGCUGCCUCUUCACAUAAAACUUUGUGAUGUCCAUGGACCCCCCCCCCCCUCCCCUUUAUACACAUGCACACAGCCUUUUCUCCCUAUGAGCUGAGGCACACUCUCCUCUUUACUCUGGCAUUCUGCAUAGGCCACACUAGUCUGUUUCUGCUUGACCUGCAACCCACCCCCACCCUUAUUCUAACCCCAAACAAAGAGGACAGAGUGAGUGGGGCGCUCUGUAGCCAGGUGUUCGCCACUACCACCCUGGGCUCUAAUAGCACCAAACCUCACCCUACAGCUGCCCUCGCCAGCCUCCCAUUGUGUUCUUCUAUUGUGCGGCCUCCCGCCCUUCGUUGAUUCAUCGGCCACACAGGGGACACUCAUUCAAAUGUGUGGGUGUGUGUGUGUACUGUGCAUGCAUUGACUACGCGUGCCUUGGGGAAACCGGGUGUUGCACAGCUCUGACUCCUCCUGCCGUUGUCUCUGCACUUCAUUGUGAUUGGCGGAGACACUGGCGCUCUCAACAAGGGAAUGGCUGACAUUGUUCCUCCAUCUGUUCUGCUUCUCACUGUCCAAGGUGCUCUCAUAGGAGAAACGCAGAUCUGCAACGGUCCUGUUUGGAGUUCUUCACUUUCACCAGCACACUGCUGUUUAAGCCUCCAAACAUGUAGAAACUGGGUUGGCCGUUUCUUUCAUCACUGUUUGAUGUGGCAGCGAGGAGCCGAUAAGCACUAAUGACUCCAGCACUGUGAGGUGGCUGCAACCGACCGGAUGUCCGAGACAGCUCCAUGGGCCAUAAGAACCAUGCGGAGGCAGAAGCCCGCCGCAUCCAUGAAUUGGAGCUUGAAUAUCUCCACGUAGCAGGGGCUGACCGGCAGGCUGGCAGCGCCGACAGGCCUCCUGCCAUGGAGGAGCAGGGGGAGAGCGACGCCGGCACCACCGCGAACCCCCCUGCAUCCACGGCAGAGGAAGGCACCUGUCUCGAUUUAGAGUGCGCCAUACGGGCAUCUCCCACUCCCACACUUACCGCUGACCUCAGUCCAAACAGAGGUGAAAGUGCCGUAACUCACAGCAAAAGCGCCCACCAGCCGCUCUGUCGGACCCAGUGUGUGGACUUGGGGACCGAAGGACCACCCGAGCCGCCGGUCAAGCUUUCAUCAUCAGAGGUCCAACAAGACAUCCACGCCUUGCUCCGACACCAGCCCGACUCUCAGGGAACCCACCCGAAAUCCGAACUGCCGCCAACCGCGGUCGACAGGCAAUAUCAGGCCAAACUGGAUUUUGCGCUCAAGCUGGGCUAUUCUGAAGAAUCGGUGCGGCUCGUGCUGUCCAAACUAGGGCCGAGCACUUUGAUCAAUGACAUACUAGGAGAGCUAGUCAAGCGGGGCUCUUCAGAAGGCGAGCAGCCAGUCGGCUCGUCCUUCUCCACUUCCACAUCAUCAUCAUCCUCUUGUUCCUCCGAUUUACCGGCAACUUCGGGAUUGGACUCUCCAUGCACGCCAGACCCUCCUUGUGACCAUGACAACUUGCGGCCCGUAGUGGUUGACGGCAGUAAUGUAGCCAUGAGCCAUGGCAACAAGGAGGUGUUUUCCUGCCAGGGCAUCCUACUGGCCGUUGAUUGGUUUUUAGAACGCGGCCACCAAGAUAUCACUGUUUUCGUUCCGGCAUGGAGGAAGGAGCAGUCUCGGCCAGACGCCCCUAUAACAGACCAAGAGAUCCUGCGACGUCUUGAGAAAGAGAAAAUCCUCGUAUUCACUCCUUCACGCCGCGUGCAAGGUCGGCGUGUAGUCUGUUACGAUGACCGCUUCAUCGUCAAGCUCGCCUUUGAGUCGGACGGUAUCAUCGUGUCUAACGACAACUACAGAGACCUUGCCAAUGAGAAACCUGAGUGGAAGAAGUUCAUCGAUGAGCGAUUACUCAUGUACUCCUUUGUUAAUGACAAAUUCAUGCCACCAGAUGACCCACUUGGCCGACAUGGUCCCAGCUUGGACAACUUCUUGAGGAAAAGACCCAUGGUGCCUGAGCAAAAGAAACAGCCUUGUCCAUAUGGAAAGAAGUGCACUUACGGCCACAAGUGUAAAUACUACCACCCCGAACGAGGCACUCAGCCACAACGAGCUGUGGCUGAUGAGUUGCGGGCCAGUGCUAAGACCUGCAUCAUCACCAAAAACCAGGGGGACUCCGGGCUGGUGAAAAGCCACAGCGUACCAGCUGGCAGCAUCGAGGCAAAAAAAGGUGCAGCAAAACGGCAGUCCGAUCCCGGAGUCCGAGCGCUUUCUUACAGUGACGCGGAGGAAAAGCUGGCAGCAAAAGAGAGGCCGGAAAGCCAGAGGACCAGCGGGCGCACUGCCACCGGUAGUUGCAGCGGGACAUCGAGCCUGUCCACAGCUACGGGAGGACCGCUGUCUGGCUCACAACAGGACCGACUGUCCCGAGCUGGCACCCCUCAGUGUGUCCCCCCGACCCCUUGUCACGACUUCUACCCGCACUGUGAGUCCCCAGAUUUGAGCUACUACGCCUACAGCAGCCUGCGCAUCUCAUCCAGGCAGAACCCAGACACUCGCUUCCCCCAUGACAUGGACCUGCGACUUGGCUCCGUGGGAUCAGCCGGCUCGGAAUGUGGCAGCGAAAGCAGUGCGAGCUGCGGAAGCAGCUGCGAAUCCUAUGUUUGCCAGGAUGGCUCGAUUGACGACGCUGGCCAUUAUGCUAACCCCCACUGUCUGCCACAUUUCCGACAAACUGUGGGAAGCCACGAACUAUGCAGUUUUCAUGUGGCUGAUUACGCAAAAGUGACUAACCCGGGAGCGCACGGCUACGAAACAAGUGCAACACCGGGGCAAAUCUGGGAUCACAAUCAGGCCUCCGACACUACCCAGAAGCGGCCUCUCUAUCCGUUACCCCUUCAUUUCCAGCACCAGCCGCUCGCUGCUCGUUCUAGCUGCCCGGCCGACUACCACACCCUAGCCGCAUCUAACACCCCCAGCUCUCCUAUUGGUCGCCGCGGGGCUCCUACCAGAGCAGAGAGUGCAUCAGAAUCUCGUCUUUAUGACCACCUGUGCGUAUCCCAGCACCACAACCGGACAAAAGCUUUGCCUGCCUGGGAUACGUACUAUAGGGAUCCCCCAGCACCUCCUCGGUACGGUGUCUAUCAUAGCCUGUCAGACACAUGUCAGGGAUCAUGGCACUCGGCCCAAUGGGCACAAGAUGGCUGCAUUCCGCGGCACUUGUCUCAUCCCACUCUCCACUCGGCUCCAUCGCACUAUUUAAGUCACCCGCUACCUUCACCACAAUCUCCUCUUCCACCCCACCUCUCCCCAUCCUCAUAUGCGCCGCAGCCCCUCGAGUCCCCUGGCCACAACCGGUAUGGGGAGGCGAGGGAGAAAACGUAUGUCAACCUGUGCAACAUCUUCCCUCCUGAACUGGUGAGUCGGGUGAUGGGCAGGAGCCCGCACGUCACGGACCCUCAGCAGCUCGCGGCUGCCAUCCUAGCGGAGAAAGCUCAGAUAGGAUACUGAAGCAACUACAACAGCACGCAAAAUUCUGAUGGAUCAGAGAACAGUGCUGACUGUGAGAAAGUGUCUGUUUUAUAGCAGCAUAAUGCGUGCAAAUUAAGUCAAAGUACACUCAAAUUAAUCUAUGUGUUGUUCAGCCUUUUUGUGUCUGAUGAUAGCUUGUGAUCUUGUUAGAGAUGACACAAGUGUUUUGGACCGCAUUGUAGCUGUGGAGAUGGGCGAUCCUGUGAUAUGUACCUUAGUUUUAGUAAGGAACAUCUCUUUCUGUAUUAAGCUCGCUAUAUAUGAAGUUUAAAACGGGCGUUUUCAUACAAGUACACUGGAGUAUAUGAAGAUAAUUUUUUCCCCCUCACUGUCUGUCCUGAAACUUGACUAAAGCUUUCGUUAGAUCAAUUAUGAUGACAAAUGUGCACAUAGAAAACGCUAAGUGCAGUGUAAAAAAUUGCUUUACUGACAACCAGGGAUGUCCCGAGUCACCUGAGUCCAAGUCCGAGGUCCCUAGUUUGGAGGUCCUGAGCUGAGACCUCAAAAAAGACGAAUGUUUUUACUUUUAAUUUCAACAAAAUAGCUUAACAUGAUAGCCAUAUCAAAACGUUUCUCCAGCAGUGGCUUAAACCAAAUUUAAAAAAAAUCAGUUCUGCUGCACAAGAUAAAAUUAUGUACUACAUAAAUAAUAAAACACCCUAAAAAGUUAUUAAUUCAAUUUCACACAAUGAAAGUAUAACUGAAAUGCUUAAUUCCACUUAAAAAUAAUCCAUCCGGGUUAUCCUUGAGUACAAUUUCCUGAUGCCUGGAGGUGCCAUGUUCAUCUUCUCGAACAUUUACAGUGGGGAGAACAAGUAUUUGAUACACUGCUGAUUUUGCUGGUUUUCCCACUUGCAAGCCAUAUAGAGAUCUGUAAUUUGUGUCAUAAGUUCUCUUCAACUGUGAGGGACGGAAUCUAAUACAAAAAUCCAGAAAAUCACAUUGUACAAUUUUUAAAUAAUAAAUUUGUAUUUAACUGCAUGAAAUAAGUAUUUGAUACAUUACCAACUAGUAAAUAUUUCGGCUCUUAGUUCUUUUUUAAGAACCCCUCCUGUUCUCCACUCAUUACCGGAAGUAACUGCACCUGUUUGAACUUGUUACCUGUAUAAAACACACCUGUUCACAUGCUCAAGCAAACAAACUCCAACCUCUCCACAAUGGCCAAGACCAAAGAGCUGUGUAAGGACAUCAGGGAUAAAAUAAUAGACCUGCACAAGGCUGGGAUGGGCUACAGGAAAAUAAGCUAGCAGCUUGGUGAGAAGAUAACAACUGUUGGAGCGAUUAUUAGAAAAUGGAAGAAGUUCAAGUUGACGGUCAGUCUGCCUCGUUCUGGGGCUCCAUGCAAGAUCUCACCUCGUGGGGAAUCACUGAUCAUGAGGAAGGUGAGGGAUCAGCCCAGAACUACACGGCAGGACCUGGUCAAUGACCUGAAGAGAGCUGGAACCACAGUCUCGAAGAAAACCAUCAGAAACACAUUGCGCUGUAAUGGAUUAAAAUCCUACAGCGCACGCAAGGUCCCGCUGCUGAAGCCAGUGCAUGUCCAGACACGUCUGAAGUUUGCCACUGACCAUCUGGAUGAUCCAGAGGAGCAAUGGGAGAAGGUCAUGUGGUCGGAUGAGACCAAAAUGGAACUUUUUGGUCUAAACUCGGCUCGUCGUGUUUGGAGGAAAAAGGAAGGAUGAGUACAACCCCAAGAACACCAUCCCAACCAUGAAACAUGGAGGAGGAAACAUCAUUUGUUGGGGCUGCUUCUCUGCCAAGGGUACAGGACGACUGCACCAUAUUGAGGGGAGGAUGGAUGGGGCUAUCUAUCGCCAGAUCUUGGCUGACGACCUUCUUCCUUCAGUGAGAGCCCUGAAGAUGGGUCGUGGCUGGGUCUUCCAGCAUGACGACGACCCAAAGCACAAGGACUACAGGAAACGUUUGGUAUCUGUAGUAGCAAACAAAGGUUUCUGUACCAAAUAUUAAGUUCGAUUUUUGCGAUGUAUCAAAUACUUAUUUCAUGCAAUCAAAUGCAAAUUUAUUAUUUAAAAAUCAUACAACGUGAUUUUCUGUUUUUUUUUUUUUUUUGUAUCAGAUUCCGUCCCUCACAG